CUGCAGAACUCGUACGACAUGUUUGUGGAGAUGGACAAGGCGGGCGGGGAGAUGGACGUCCAGAUCAAGAAGAAGAAGAAGAUGAAGAAGAAGGAGAGACUGGAAGGCAUGAAACGGGAGAUGGACAUUGAUGACCAUGAGAUCACACUGGAAGAGCUCGAGAUGAAAUACACAACCAACGUCUCCAAGGGCCUGACCAGCACCAUGGCCCAGCAGGUCCUGGAACGGGACGGCCCCAACGAGCUGAAACCGCCCAAGGGGACCCCCGAGUACGUCAAGUUCGCCCGGCAGCUGGCGGGGGGGCUGCAGUGCCUGAUGUGGGUGGCGGCCGUCAUCUGCUUCAUCGCCUUCGGCAUCCAGUUCGCCAAGGGCGACCUCGCCAGCGAAGACAACUUGUACCUGGCUAUCACCCUCAUCGCUGUGGUGGUGGUGACAGGUUGCUUCGGUUACUACCAGGAGUUUAAAAGCACCAACAUUAUUGCCAGCUUCAAAAAUCUUGUACCACAGCAAGCCCUGGUGAUCAGAGAUGGCGUGAAGAACCAGAUCCACGCCAACAUGCUGGUGGUGGGCGACCUGGUGGAGAUCAAGGGCGGAGACAGAGUGCCGGCCGACAUCCGCAUCAUCACCUCCCAUGGCUGCAAGGUUGAUAACUCCUCCCUGACAGGGGAGUCAGAGCCGCAGAGCAGGACUCCUGAGUACACCCACGAGAACCCACUGGAGACCCGAAACAUCGCCUUCUUCUCCACCACCUGCCUGGAGGGAGUGGCCACAGGCAUCAUCAUCAACACCGGCGACCGCACCAUCAUCGGCCGCAUCGCCAGCCUGGCCUCCGGGGUGGGCAACGAGAAGACCCCCAUCGCCAUCGAGAUCGAGCACUUUGUGGACAUCAUCGCCGGGCUGGCCAUCUUCUUCGGCUUCACCUUCUUCGUGGUGGCCAUGUUCAUUGGCUACGCCUUCCUGGAGGCCAUGAUCUUCUUCAUGGCCAUCGUGGUGGCCUAUGUACCCGAGGGGUUGCUGGCAACCGUCACAGUGUGUCUGUCUCUGACGGCCAAGCGUCUGGCCAGGAAGAACUGCGUGGUGAAGAACUUGGAGGCCGUGGAGACGCUGGGCUCCACCUCCACCAUCUGCUCCGACAAGACAGGCACCCUAACCCAGAACCGCAUGACCGUGGCCCACCUGUGGUUCGACAACAUGAUCCACGCGGCCGACACCACGGAGGACCAGUCCGGACAGAGUUUCGACCAAUCUUCAGACACUUGGCGAGCGCUGGGGCGUGUGGCGGGGCUGUGCAACAGAGCCAUCUUCAAACCGGGCCAGGACACGGUGCCCAUCCCCAAGAGAAUAGUGGUGGGGGAUGCCUCAGAGACAGCGCUGCUCAAAUUCACAGAGCUGAGCAUCGGAAACAUCAGUGACUACAGAGGGCGCUUCAAAAAGGUCUGCGAGAUCCCCUUCAACUCCACCAACAAGUUCCAGCUGUCAGUGCACGAGCUGGAGGACCCUCUGGACCUGCGCUACCUGCUGGUGAUGAAGGGGGCGCCAGAGAGGAUCCUGGAGAGGUGCUCCACCAUCCUGAUCAAGGGCCAGGAGCUGCCACUGGACGAGCAGUGGAGUGAGGCCUUCCAGACGGCCUACAUGGACCUGGGGGGCCUGGGAGAGAGGGUGCUUGGUUUCUGCCACAUCUACCUGAACGAGAAGGAGUACCCGCGGAACUUCCGCUUCGACACCGACGAGAUGAACUUCCCCACGUCUGGGCUGUGCUUCGCCGGGCUCAUCUCCAUGAUCGACCCGCCAAGGGCCACCGUGCCCGACGCCGUCAUGAAGUGCCGCACAGCAGGGAUCAGGGUUGUCAUGGUGACAGGAGACCACCCGAUCACGGCGAAGGCUAUUGCGGCAAACGUGGGCAUCAUCUCGGAGGGAAGCGAGACGGUGGAGGACAUCGCCAACCGGCUACGCAUCCCAGUGGAGCAGGUCAACAAGAGGGAGGCGAAGGCCUGUGUGAUCAACGGGGGGCAGCUGAAAGAAAUGACCAGCGAGGAGCUGGACGAGCGCCUCCUCAACCACCCGGAGAUGGUGUUCGCCCGAACCUCGCCCCAGCAGAAGCUCAUCAUCGUGGAGAGCUGUCAGCGUCUGGGGUCCAUCGUGGCGGUGACGGGCGAUGGCGUGAACGACUCGCCUGCUCUGAAGAAGGCGGACAUCGGCAUCGCCAUGGGCAUCGCAGGCUCAGACGCUGCCAAGAACGCCGCCGACAUGAUCCUGCUGGACGACAACUUCGCCUCCAUCGUGACCGGCGUGGAGCAGGGCCGUCUGAUCUUUGACAACUUGAAGAAGUCCAUCGCGUACACACUGACCAAGAACAUCCCAGAGCUUACUCCCUACCUCAUUUACAUCACCGUCAGUGUGCCCCUUCCUCUGGGCUGCAUCACCAUCCUCUUCAUCGAGCUGGCCACCGACAUUUUCCCCUCUGUGUCUCUGGCCUAUGAGAAGGCAGAAAGUGACAUCAUGCACCUGAAGCCCAGGAACCCACGCAAACACAGGCUGGUGAACGAGGCCCUGGCCGUGUACUCCUACUUCCAGAUCGGUGCGAUCCAGUCCUUCGCAGGCUUCACAGAUUACUUCACAGCUAUGGCCCAGGAGGGCUGGUACCCCCUUCUGUGUGUGGGGCUCAGGUCCCAUUGGGAGAACACUCACCUGCAGGACCUGCAGGACAGCUAUGGGCAGGAGUGGACAUUCAGCCAGCGCCUGUACCAGGAGUACACCUGCUACACCGUCUUCUUCGUCAGUAUCGAGAUCUGCCAGAUCUCUGACGUCCUGAUCAGAAAGACUCGCCGUCUGUCUGUGUUCCAGCAGGGCUUCUUCAGGAACAAGGUCCUGGUGUCGGCCAUUGUCUUCCAGCUCUGCUUGGGUAACCUGCUAUGCUACUGCCCAGGAAUGCCCAACAUCUUCAACUUCAUGCCCAUCCGAGUGCAAUGGUGGUUCAUCCCAGUGCCUUAUGGAAUUCUAAUCUUCGUCUAUGAUGAAAUCAGGAAACUGGGAGUCAGAAGAUACCCUGGGAGCUGGUGGGACCAGGAGUUGUAUUACUGAGAGAAGAGGGUGGCCCCAAAGAAGAAAGAUAUAUUCCCAUGAAUUAAUUCUAAAUUAAUUACACAUUUCUUUAUUAUUCAUUGAAAUCCACCUGAGUCCUCUAAUGGAGCCAUUUAACUGCAAUCCACACCUACAGUACCAGCCAUCUUAGUUCACACACAGUAUCUUAGCUGUGUGACAACCGUCCAAUGUCCCUCAAGUAUACAUAAAAUUUACUUUAAAGUUAAAAAUAAGAAUCAGAAAUACAGUUCCAUUACAGUUCCAUUCCAUUUAUUAUUUUGCUGAAAACAAAUUAAAACUUAAGAGGUGGGCACAUUUUAUAAUAGCUGUUAUCACAUUAUUAGUUUAGGUUAUAGAUUUAAUAUGAUAUUGGGCCCUGUAGUUUUAGUCUGAUAGAAAACCAAAAUGGCUGACAUUUAAAGAAAUGGAGAGAUGGAUAGCCCAUAACAAGUUCAUGGUCGUAUUGGGAAGACAUAAUUCCAGGGAAGGUUAAAUCCACAUGUUUAUGAUGCUUAGAUUGUACAGGAUUUCCCAAACAAACUGCUUUAAUGGUCAAACACAAAUGUUAAUUAUUGCAUGUUCUGCGAUGCAAUUGUGCAAUGAUUUAAUGCUCUCUUAAGAGGUAUUAAAUCCACAAAUAUCGGGACAUGGAAUGAUUUCAAAUUUGAUGAGAACCACAGCACGCUUAGUUACUAUUCCUAAACUUUUUUCAAACUGAUUACAUUUCAUUUUGCCUUUUUGUGCUGUUUCUGUGCAUGAUAAAUCAGUCUAUAUUUCACCCUUUAGCUACAUUUAACCUCUUUCAGGUGAUUUGUUGGUGUGUCUAUGUGGAAUUCUUCUUUUCCUAGGUUUAUUCUGUAUUUAUGUUAAGUU